AUGCCCAAGGCUCCGGGCUGGGAUGGUGCUCCAGGGGGCACGCACGGCUGGGAAGAGCAGCGAGAGACAGGACUUUGCCUCUUGCUGCCUCUGUUGGGAACCAGAUCUUUCGAUGGUAAGGGGGAUGUGUCCGGGAAAGACUGUGCCAUUUGUCCCAUGAAUGCCGAGUGUGUCAAUGCCACCACCUGUCGCUGUAAAGAAGGAUUUAAGAGUAUAAACGAUUUCUUCGACACCUGGGAGACCUGUGAAGAUGAGAACGAGUGUUUCUAUCUCGAGUCCACGUUCUGUGGAGUCAAUGCCGAAUGUUAUAAUCUGGAAGGGAGUUACUCCUGCCUUUGCAGCCAAGGAUAUGAGCUCGCUACUGGGGGAAGAAUGUUCAACAGUGAGAGUGAGAACACCUGCCAAGACGUGGACGAGUGUCUGCAGAACCCAAGACUCUGCAAAAGCCGAGGUGCCUGCAUCAACACCAACGGCAGCUACACCUGCCAGUGCCCUCUCGGCUUCGAGUUCAAACCCCAGGACCCGAAAGUGUGUGCAGAUGUGAAUGAAUGCUCCUUAGAGCAAAAACCAUGCCACAGCACCACCCACUGCCUCAACACUGUGGGCAGCUACGAAUGCCGCUGUAGACGUGGCUGGAAGCCGAAACCUGGAUCACCCAAUGGCCCAAACACCACCGUCUGUGAAGAGAGGCAGCUGGACAAGUGGACCUGGCCUUUGGGAGUUGUCAGCCAGAGUCUCACCCACUUCUUUGAGAAAGUUACAGCUCUGAGGGAAAACUACAAGCCAAACUUGGCCAAAGACACCAUCCAAAAACUCAUUACAUUCUUGGAUGAGCUGCUGGGGGACCUCAGGGACCUGAGUGCCCUGGAUCUGCCAACCCGGCAUCGCAUCGCCACCCAGAUGCUCAUGGACCUCGAAGGAGCCCUGAGAACCCUGGCCCAGGCCAUGCCCGGAACUAGCUUCACCUACCGCUCUCCUGGGAACACAGAGCUGUCCUUGAUGAUCCAAGAGAAGAAAAACGUAGACGCAGAUGUCACUGUGGGCCAGAGCCACGCACGCAUGCGGCUCAGCUGGGCGGUGGCGGCUCAAGUCGGGGAGGACUCAGGCCCCACCGUGGUGGGCCUGCUUUCUAGCCAGAAAAUGCAGCAGCUGCUGGACGGCGCCUCCUUGGACCUGGAGCCUCCGGACACGGCUCAGCUGGAGGAGACCCCUAAGCUGCGUGUGGAUGGGUCCCGCCUCACAGUCCUCUCGGCCAUCAAUUCCGUGUUCCUGAGCAACAAGAACACGGAGAAACUUGAGUCCAACGUCACUUUCUCCUUCGCCUACCCCGUGAGUCCUCAGGCCCGACCGGAAAAACUCAAACGAGGGCAGAAGCUGAUCUGUGCCUUCUGGAAGGGUGACAGCGACCUAGGUGGGCACUGGGCCACCACCGGCUGCUGGACACUGGGCAGCGGGAAUGGCAGCACCACCUGUCAGUGCAACCACCUGAGCAGCUUUGCCAUCCUCAUGACCCAGCACAGUGGGGAGGAAUCCAAGCUGCUGGCCUUGAUCACCAAGGUGGGGCUGUCACUGUCGCUGGUCUGUCUGCUCCUGUGUGUCAUCACCUUUCUGCUAGUGCGGUCCAUCCAGAGCUCUCGAACCACUCUGCACCUGAACCUCUGCAUCUGCCUCUUUGUGGGUUCCGCUAUCUUCCUGGCUGGCAUCGAAAAUGACAGUGAGGAGGUGGGGUUGCGCUGCCGCCUGGUGGCCGGCCUGCUGCACUACUUCUUCCUGGCGGCCUUCUGCUGGAUGGCCCUCCAGGGCCUGGAGCUGUACUACCUGGUGGUGCGCGUGUUCCAGGGCCAGGGCCUGAGCACACCCUGGCUGUGCCUCAUCGGCUACGGCGUGCCUGGCGUCAUCGUGGGCAUCUCAGCGGCUGUCAACAGCCAGGGCUACGGCCGCCCCGGAUACUGCUGGCUGGACCAAGAACGUUACUUCCUCUGGAGCUUCCUGGGACCAGUGGCUGUAGUCAUUUUGUGCAAUUCCGUCAUCUUCGUGGUAACUGUCUGGAAGCUCACUCAGAAGUUUGGGGAGAUCAACCCAGACUUAAAGAAGUUAAGGAAGGCAAGGAUACUGACAAUCAGCGCAGUGGCCCAGCUCUUUGUCCUGGGCAGCACCUGGGUCUUCGGUCUGUUCCUGUUCGAUCCCAGUAACCAGGUCCUGUCCUACAUCUUCACCAUCCUCAACUGCCUGCAGGGCUUAUUCCUCUUCGUGCUUCACUGUCUGCUCAACAAGAAGGUGAGGACAGAGUACCGGAAGUGGCUGUGUGUGGUCACCAGGAGUAAGUACUCAGAGUUCACAUCCACCAGCCAAAACCAGACCCGGACCCUCAGGCAGUCAGAAUCCGGCAUGUGA